AAGUUAGGAUCCGAGGCCAUUCCUUUGGAAGGGAAGAGCGUUGGCUUGGCUUUAGCAUGCAAGUUGGCUCCUGCAAAAGGAAGGAGCGUCUCACCGCAUUAGAAUAGAAUAAACCCCUCAAAGCACAAUAUGCAAGACAUGAAGCAGAGGCAGCAUCAGCAAGAUAAGGAAGAAUCCAAGAAGAAGGAGCGUCACAUUGUCUCUUGGACUCAAGAGGAGGAUGAUAUUCUUAGAGAGCAGAUUAGCAUUCAUGGAACAGACAAUUGGACAAUUAUUGCAUCUAAAUUCAAGGACAAAACAACAAGACAAUGCAGGAGAAGGUGGUACACAUACUUAAAUUCUGAUUUCAAGAAAGGAGGGUGGUCACCAGAAGAGGAUAUGCUAUUAUGUGAGGCUCAGAAGAUAUUUGGCAACAGAUGGACAGAAAUAGCUAAGGUGGUUUCAGGCAGAACGGAUAACGCUGUGAAAAACCGGUUCACCACACUUUGCAAAAAGAGAGCGAAAUACGAAGCCUUGGCCAAAGAGAAUAAUAGUCCUCCAUUGAUAAAUUCAAACAAUAAAAGGAUCAUUUUCCAACAAGUCUACACUACAGAUGCAGCAUCAGAGGCCGCAGCAUCAAUUAAGAAGAUAAGGGCCCACAUCCCUGAUGCUUCAGCUAGGAUCGCCUAUGGAGAAAGAUCACAUAGACAAUUUGGAGCGCCAGUUAGUCAGCAACCUAGAGUGCCAUUUGCUGUGUUAUCUAAUUUCGAGGAUAACAGCUUGCACCAACGUCCUGUCUGCAGUGCCAAAGUCAGCGGUUACGCCCAGAAUAACAAGACUCAGGGAACAUUCCUGAAAAAGAAUGAUCCAAAGAUAACCAUGUUGAUGCAGCAAGCAGAAUUAUUAAGCUCACUUGCAGUGAAAGUUAAUACAGAGAACAUGGACCAGACUCUUGAGAAUGCAUGGAAGGUUCUGCAAGACUUUCUGAACCGAACAAACAAAUCAGAUCUUUCGAGAUAUAAAAUCACAGAUUUACAGCUUCAAAAUCUCAAAAAUAUGGCGGAGGACAUAAAGAGUGGUCAUGAGGGGAGCCAACCAUAUUCAAGGCAACCGGAGCUACAUGAGGACUCUCCAAGCAGCUCUGAAUAUAGUACAGGAUCAACUAUACUGGCCCAUUCAGCUUUUGAUAAUUUGGAACAUUCACUGCAUCAAAAUGUUGGAACCGAAGGGAAGCCUACAGAAAGUGAGGGGAAAAGAGGAAUUAGUCGUUCUGAGAAGCAAGUUCUUUGUGCUUCGACUGCGGAUCAAGCAGAUAUCUUGCCAUCUUUUGAAGAACAGAUAAACGAUGAUUUCAUUGUUUCUGCCUUGUCAAGUAGAGAGUUCAGUUCCCCUGUUCAAGUUACUCCUCUGUUCAGAUCCUUGGCUGCAGGAAUUCCCAGCCCACAGUUUUCAGAAAGUGAAAGGAACUUCCUGAUGAAAACACUGGGAAUGGGAUCCCCAUCUCAGAAUCAAAGUGCAAAAGCCUCACAACCACCACCAUGCAAAAGAGCCUUACUACAGAGUCUAUAACCAAGAUCCAUCUGAAGUAGAAAAGCUUCUAUGUGCCUUUCCCCCCUCUGAUUCCUUCUCCCUACCUUUGGGAAUCAAACACGCUGAGUACUAUUUUGCAUGGCGAGAUGAGACUACUAAGCUUGCAAGUGCAGAGCUAUAUUCAGCUUAAAAUUUUGCUACGCAUCCCUCUCCAAGAAUGUUAUGGAACAUUCUUGUAAUCUUUAGACAAAUCUAACAGUGCCUUUUACCUCCUCCCUGACACUCGCACAAAGAAUCGUGUGCUCAGUGUGUCAUUCUUUGGUUUGUCUUAGUUUGCUUUGGUGUUCUGGGUUUGUUUUUCUGCAAUCCAGCUUUUGAUCUAUAUUUUCUAUUUUGUACAUAGGCUUGUGUAAUUCUGAGUGAUGUAUACAUCGAUAAUAGAAACAGAGAUAGAGAGAUAAAAAGGAAAAAAGUCCCCAGUUGCGAGAGAGAGAUUUGAAGAAGAUUAACCAGCUAAAUAUUGGAUUUCUUUUUUUUUUUUUGGUUAUUUUGGGCAUGCAUAGGGUAUAGAAUAAUUUUUUUUCCUCCCCCUUUUGGAGUCUGA